UUGAAAUUGGAGUGAACUGAAACUGAAGUGUGAAAAUGGCUUCUGUGUGGCCACCAACUCUCUCAUGCCAUAACAGAAGCAGCUGGACAUGGAAACACAACAAAAAGAACCAUUUUUCUUCAUUUACGCUUCCAAAAUCUUCUCUUUCUCUCCCAACACCACGUAUAGUUCACGAUCAUUCACGCGCCAAAAUAAACCAACCCUUUCUCCAACGCUUACACAAUCUCUGCGACUCCGGGAACCUCAACGAAGCCCUCAACUUGCUCCACUCCCAGACCCAAAACGCCGUCGUUUCCUCUUCAGACGUUAUAAAAGAAGCCAUUGGACUCUUACUACGAGCAUGUACGCUCCGCAAGGAUAUCGAUGUCGGGCGAAAGCUACACGCAAUAGUUUCGGCGUCGCAUCGGUUCCGCAACGACGUCGUUCUGAACACCCGCAUUAUCUCCAUGUUCUCCGCGUGUGGGUCCCCCUCGGACUCUCGCUCCGCCUUCGACGCCGUCAAGGAGAAGGACCUGUUCCUCUACAACGCGCUUCUCAGUAGCUACGCGCGAAACGCGCUUUUCCGCGACGCGAUUUCGCUGUUCCUCGACUUGCUCUACGCGAAGGAGCUCGUGCCCGACAACUUCACGCUCCCCUGCGUGGUUAAAGCGUGCGCCGGUGUGGCGGACGCGGGACUCGGCGAAGCGGUUCACGCGCUAGCUUUGAAGUUUGGUCUUUUCUUUGACGUUUUUGUGGGGAACGCGCUUAUUGCCAUGUACGGAAAAUGUGGGCUCGUAGAUAGUGCCGUCAAGGUGUUUGAAACUAUGCCGGAGAGAAACUUGGUGACGUGGAACUCGAUGAUGUACUCGUAUUCUGAGAAUGGGGGUCUUGAGGAGUGUUGCGGUGUUUUUAAGGGACUGUUAAGCGAGGAAGAAGGUUUGGUACCUGAUGUUGCUACGAUGGUGACGGUGAUUCCUGCGUGCGCAACUCUAGGUGAAGUGGGAAUGGGAAUGGUUCUUCAUGGUUUGGCUUUUAAACUUGGCAUUAGUGAGGAAGUGACGGUGAAUAAUUCCCUUGUGGAUAUGUAUUCGAAAUGCGGUUACAUGGGGGAGGCGAGAGUUUUGUUUGAUAUGAAUGGUGGGAGGAAUGUUGUUUCUUGGAAUACCAUGAUUGGUGGAUACUCUAAGGAAGGAGAUUUUAGUGGAGUGUUUUCACUGCUGCGAGAGAUGCUGGUAGAAGACAAGGUGAAGGUGAAUGAGGUGACGGUGUUAAAUAUUCUGCCAGCUUGUUCGGAUGAGCUACUGACCUUGAAAGAACUUCAUGGUUAUGCUCUUAGGCGUGGACUUCAGAUUGAUGAAUUGGUAGCCAAUGCUUUUGUUACUGCCUAUGCGAAGUGCAGUUUGCUGGAUUGCGCUGAGCGUGUCUUCUGUGGUAUGGAAGAGAAAACGGUGAGCUCUUGGAAUGCAUUGAUUGGUGUCCACGCCCAAAAUGGCCUUCCCAGAAAGGCUUUAGAUUUGUAUCUUGUGAUGAGAGAUUCUGGCUUGAAUCCUGAUCAGUUUACUAUUGGUGGCCUUCUUUUAGCUUGUGCGCACUUGAAAUUCCUUAGCUGUGGCAAAGAGAUUCAUGGUUUUAUGAUGCGUAAUGGUUUAGAAUUGGAUAAAUUUCUUGGGAUAUCGUUGUUGUCACUUUAUAUUCAAUGUGGCAGUAUAUUACGAGCAAAGUUAAUUUUUGAUAAGAUGGGAAACAAGAGUUUACUAUGCUGGAAUGCCAUGAUUUCUGGCUUUUCACAGAAUGAACUUCCUUGUGAGGCCCUUGAUACAUUUCAACAAAUGCUCUUAAGCGGAAUUGAGCCACAAGAGAUUGCUGUAAUGAGUGUUCUGGGAGCUUGUUCGCAGGUUUCAUCAUUGCGGCUGGGGAAAGAAGUUCACUCCUUUGCACUGAAAGCUCAUUUAUCUGACAAUACCUUUGUUAUUUGUGCAUUGAUAGACAUGUAUGCUAAAUGUGGAUGUAUGGAACAUUCUCGGAACAUUUUUGAUAGGGUAAAUAACAAGGAUGAAGCAAUAUGGAAUGUUAUGAUUGGAGGAUAUGGAAUUCAUGGGCAUGGACUGAAGGCUAUUGAGCUGUUUGAAUUAAUGCAAAAUAAUGGCUGCAGGCCGGAUUCUUUUACGUUUCUUGGAGUGUUAAUGGCCUGCAACCACGCUGGCAUAGUAACAGAAGGAUUAAAAUAUCUUGGUCAGAUGCAGAGUUUGUAUGGUGUCAAGCCAAAGUUAGAACAUUAUGCAUGCGUGAUCGAUAUGCUUGGUCGAGCAGGGCAACUAAAAGAAGCUUUAAAGUUGGUAAGUGAGAUGCCAGAUGAACCAGAUUCAGGUAUAUGGAGUUCAUUGCUCAGUUCCUGUAGGAAUUAUGGGGAUUUGGAUAUUGGAGAGGAAGUUUCCAAAAAGUUAUUAGAAUUGGAACCAGAUAAAGUUGAGAAUUAUAUAUUGCUAUCAAACUUGUAUGCUGGAUUAGGAAAAUGGGACGAGGUGAGAAAGGUACGGCAGAGAAUGAAGGAGAUUGGUCUUCAUAAAGACGCUGGCUGCAGUUGGAUUGAAAUAGGAGGAAAGGUUUAUAGAUUUAUUGUCAGUGAUGGAUCACUUUUGGAAUCAAAGAAGAUUCAGCAGACUUGGAAUAAAUUAGAGAAAAAAAUAAGCAAAAUUGGCUAUAAACCCGACACAAGUUGUGUGCUUCAUGAAUUGGAAGAAGAGGAAAAGAUUAAGAUACUGAAGAACCAUAGCGAGAAGCUUGCAAUUUCUUUUGGUCUAUUAAAUACGGCUAAAGGUACAACAUUGAGGGUUUGCAAAAAUUUACGCAUAUGUGUAGACUGUCACAAUGCAAUCAAAUUAGUAUCAAAAGUUGUUCAAAGGGAUAUUGUUGUAAGGGACAACAAGCGGUUUCAUCAUUUCAAAAACGGAUUUUGUACCUGUGGAGAUUACUGGUAGUUGGUGGACUACAUUGUUAGUCUUUAAUAUUUUUUUAUUGAGUGAAGAACUCCAUAAGUAUCAACGGAGUUAAGAAGAACUGCUUCUGUUAUCUUCCGUAUUAUACGGUAUAUAUGUUCAAUCCAAUUCUUUGCAUCAUUCCUGACUGGAAACAUGAAUUGUGCAGGAUUUGUCCCUUGUCUAUGACUCGUAGAUCCGGUGAACAUUUUUUUCACUGCAAAUACAACUGUAUAGCACGCUGUGUAAUUUAUUGUGAAAUACAUGUUGAAGAGGAUCACUAUGGAAAGGAAAAAGAAGAAUUUCAAAUGCAAAUGCAAUCAGAUUAUGAGUACAUUUUGUAUUCAUAAUGAGAGAAAAUAAAUAAUUCGGAGGAAGGAAGUAUCCUUCUUCAAUAGGUAUCAUUCUCACUUAUAAUCGAAGAGUUCAGUUUUCUUUCAAAGUUUUGUUUUCACGCUAUUCUUAGAACAUCUCCAGUUCAAGGAUAUUAUAGGAUCUUCUCAUGAACUCUUAUCUUUAGCUUCUGAGACGAAACCAUCCAAAUUUCAACCUAAGUUGGCGGUUAUAAGAUCAUAAUUCUAGCAAGCGGCUUUCUCGAUCAAAUACCACUAGAAAAAGUGGACUCUGGCAUAUGAUAGAAGCAAGAGGUAUGGCCGUAUGACAACAAAACCAACAGAAUGCUUAGGAAUGGUAAAGCAGGGUAGGAUGCGCGGCCGACUGUAAGCCCGCACGAAAAAAUGUGGGUUGGGUUGAGAUUCCAAGCCCACCAACCCGCAUAGGCCCGGCCUGCAUUACUCACAACCUGCAUGGACAUGAGACACGGUGGGGUAGGCCAGCCUGCGACCCAUGUAAAAAAAAAAAAUCGGUGUCUCAGAUGCACAUUUACAAGCAAAUUUGGACUAUGCUUGUGGGCAGGGAAUUGAUUGUGCUGCAAUUCAACAGUGAGGAGCUUGUUUUGAACCUAACACUUUACUAAACCAUGAUGCAUAUGCCUAUUGUAUCAAACUACUUGACGGAAUCCAUUGACUUGUGAUUUCUCGCAAACAGCCAUGUUAUCAACAAAUAAUCCAAGUCACAAGAGUUGUCUUUAUGCUGGUGGAAAUGCCUAAUCUAGAAAACAAUAAAGUAGAUAAAGGAGACCACUUUUUGGUGUUUAAAUUAUUCUCUCUUAUCAGGAAAUUAAAAUAUAUAUAUAUAUAUAUAUAUAUUGUGGGUCGGCCGACGAAUCUUGACCUAUAUGGAAUAAGAUAGACUAUUGAGUCUGUAUUAUCAAACAGAAGGUGCCAACUCAACUCACAUUUUGCGAGCCAAUGACAGAAUGGGCCUAAAUGGGUCAAACCGACCCGCAUUGACACCCCUAAAAAUGUGUGAACUCUAUUUUGAAUGAAACAUUUUCUGUAUCUAUUUUAGUUUUUGUUAAGAUAACAGAUAUAUAAUCAUGAAAAUUCUGAGUUUGAUA